UGCUCGUUACGAACGUGAGGCCAGUUGCGUGUCGGUUCGUGAAAGCGACGGUGACGUUCGCCCUUCGUCUUUCGGGCUCCUCCUGAAACUCUUUUCCGUCCGGCGAGGGUCCGGGAGAAUCCUCGUUCGUCCUGCGCGGUUCCUUGCGCAACCGAUUCGGGGACCUCGGUGUCGCGGUGAAAGGGAAAGUGUCGCUGGACUUUCCGAAGGUUGCGGUUUCGGUGUGGCCAACGGCGAAACAAUUGCCGAAGCUGGACGCGUUCAUUGUACGUCGUUCGAACAACGGAGACGCGAUAUGCCAUAACAGACUGUCGCCGGUUGGGAUCGUCGAGGGAUCCUUUGUGCACGUCUCCGGGACAGAUCGAGUUAAUUGCAGAAGCUCCGUCUACGAAGACAGAAUCGCUCGCAGUCCGGAUUACCGUUUGCUUCCGGCAAUAUGACACACGAGACGAUGCCGGAGCCACGUUUAUUCGGUCGACGGCGACGUCCAUCCAGGUUGUUCGGAGGCAGCCCGCUCUGAAGACGACGACUGAAUCCUCAAGCUUCGCGUUUGUGAGUACCAGAACUGAAAGUUCAUCUAGAUUUAUGAACGAGAUUCGCAGGAACCCAAUUGUCCCGGUUUCCAGUUGAUCGAGAUUCCGGAGUUGAAAUGAGCGUCGCGAGAAUCUGGCAGCUGAUCCCGUUGCUGAUCAUAUCUUCUUCGAGGGUAUUUUCAGCCAGCAACGUCUGCCCGCGAAUAGAGAGUUACACGGUCACCUCGAUGGAAACGUACACCGAGCCGGUUACCGUCAAUACGUUCACCUGGUGCCUCCAACUCCCGCCCAGGUGCCUGAAGACGUGGACCGAGACGAAGAAACGCUAUCGAGUAAAGACCGAGACGAAGACUAGGAGCGUGAACGAGUGCUGCGAAGGCUACAAAAUGAUCUCAUCCAGCGACGACGAGAUUGGCAUCAGGUGUGUGCCGUUUUGCGAAAACUGCCUCUCAGGAGUCUGCGUCUCGCCGAACGAGUGUCGAUGUAAUCCUGGGUACCGAGGAGACAACUGCACCGCUGCGUGUCCAGCAGGCACAUGGGGCUCGCAAUGCAAAGAGAAAUGCGACUGCACCCAGAGCGCGCCAGGUCUACUUAGACAAACGUGCGACGAGUCGUGUCUCGACGAUCACCAGAACCCAGAGUACGCGACUCGCUGCAACUGCGAGACAGUGUCAAAUAAGUGCGACCACGAGACUGGUCGAUGUUUGGCCAACGAGACGAUCAUCCCUGCCAGCGGAAAAUCCUCGCAGAUUCCAGAGACGACGGAAAUCACGACGGAAGUCAGCCUCGAGACCGUAUCAACGACGGAUAAUCCUUCUGAAACAACCAGCCCGGAAACUACCACCGCUUCGACACCGGAUCGUCCGAAAACUAGGACACAGGCUCGCGAAGAUGGGAACUCUAGCACCGCCAGGCCCGUGAUCGUUUUAGUUUCCGUUCCAGAACGGAGAAGGAACUUGGAAAAGGAACGAGGGAAAUUCCCAAUGAAAAACCCCUUCCUGAGACACGUCGACGAGGACGUUCCUCUGCGCGUCGUUCCUCCGCUCGAAACGAAUUAUGCCAAGAACGUUCACAAAGACGAGGUUCAGCCGACUCCUAUCCCCCUGGACGUUGCUCUAAUCGUGGUAGCCUCGAUCGUGUCCCUGGGCCUGACCUCGUUGGCCGUCGCCAUGGUACUCCAUAUGCGCUCGAAGCUGUUCGAAACGGCCAGGCUGUCGAUCUACGACGUGGAGAAGACGAAGAGCCAGGAAACCGAAUCACGGGCGAGAAUCUCGUCGAUAGUCGCUAGCGCUGUUCCCCAAAGCCCUGUUCGAGUGAGUCCUCUGUUUACGUCGUCCCCAGAGCAAGGAAUGACGCUGACUGUCGCUGGCAUCGACCCUUCGUGCAACUACGCCAACGGAGCUGCCACCAUCGGUCUUCGUAUUUCCGGCAAUCUGCGUGAUUUUCUGCAAGACGACCACUACGACCAUCCGCCAGCGACGCUGAUUCGCCUGCAACCCGACUUGGACGCGAACGGGGAACACAUCUACGACGAAAUUCCACUGCAAUCGAGCCCUCUCAGAUCCCGCAAGGACUCGUGAUCGGAAUACACGAUCUACCCAAACAGCCAGAAAGUAAAAUCGAUGGCGUUGGUACAGUAGUCCCUUGCUGACUAUUCUAAAAUCGCCAAGCUGAUAUCGGCUCGAGUCGACGGUCGCUCGAGCUGAUGAAGCACGAACAAUGGAAACGACGCGUGAUCGGUACUAUGUUAUAGUUCGAAGAUUUGAAUUCGGGGUGAAAAUGUCGCGCCUACGACUACCAAUUUGCUCACGAUGUUUUUAUAUAUAGAGAUAAGAGCUUCAACGAGAGAUCCAGUCUUCUACUGUUCAACUUGAACGCUUAUUAAUUCACGAAUACGCGUUAUUCGUGAAUAAAUAAGCCGUGAAUAAUAAGAUAAAGAUUGAAUCGACGCAGCAGGGGGUUAAUCGAGGAAAAAGGAGCCCGUCGAGUCCCGUUCGGAGUCUUACCACACGUUCCACGGUUUUGCGGAAGAAAGCGAGCAAGAACUGUCGCGCCCGAGGCGUUCGCGUGCCAUUGUUAGAGUCACGCUCUCGCGUGCAAUUCCGGAGGCGGAUGUGAAAGAGCCGAUUCGUCUACGGGCCAAGAAAAAUCCGAUCGGACCGGUUUCCGACCUUACGCGGACUCGUCUAGCGUGCAAGGCUGAACGUGACUGCGAUCGGUCCUCGGCCGGGCAGAAAAACGGCAUCGCCAGCGGCGCCAAUCGCUGCCAGGCGUCGCGAUUAUAUUAUCCGUCGAGGCGUGUACAGCGACGACUUGUCCUCGGGCCUCCCUUUGCGUGAACAGAGAUUUCUCUGAAUUUUCCACUCAUUCCUAUUCGAACUGUUCAUUCGUAGAUCUUUCUUGGACCUCCGUUCGCGUGAACAGAGAUUUUCCUGAAUUUUCCACUCCUUCCUAUUCAAACUGUUCAUUCAUAGAUCUUUCUUGGACCUCCGUUCGCGUGAGCAGAGAUUUUCCUGAAUUUUCCACUCCUUCCUAUUCAAACUGUUCAUUCAUAGAUCUUUCUUAGACCUCCGUUCGCGUGAACAGAGAUU